GUCAUUUGGAACGCGACGCGCCCAAUACGAAUAUGUGCGUUUCUGCAAGCUCAGGCAAAGAACCUGCUUUCCCGCACGAACACCCUACCCACCCUACGCCAUGCCGCCAAAAUCGUCUGCGGGCAAGGAGAAAGACCUAGCGACUGAGGAGGAGGUCCUCCAGGCGGUCAUCCUCGCCGACAGCUUCAAUAAGCGCUUUAGACCGCUCACGGUAGGCAAGCCGAGGUGCUUGUUGCCGAUCUGCAAUGCAACGCUGCUCGAUUGGACGUUUGAGAGUCUGGCACUUGCGGGCGUGCAGGAGAUCUUCGUGAUUUGCAGGUCGUAUGCAGACCUGGUGAAGAAGGCUAUUCGAGAGUCGAAAUGGUCGAGACCGAGCUCCGGCCUGAAGAUCGUGCCUAUCAUAACGGCGAAGGAGACAUUCUCACCAGGAGAUGCCAUGCGCGACAUCUACACCCAUGGAAUCAUCACCUCCGAUUUCGUCCUGGUCACAGGCGAUCUUGUGAGCAACAUCCGCAUCGACGAGGUCGUCCGUGUCCACAAGGAGCGCCGCCGAACCAAUAAGGAUGCGAUCAUGACCAUAGUUGUGAAGGAGAGUGGGCUGCAACAUAGGACAAGAUCGAGGGGCGAAUCCGGCGUCUUCGUGCUUGACCCAGACACCUCCGAAUGCCUACAUUAUGAGUCCGUCAUCGGAUACCCUCCGAAGACUCACGCAGAGAUACCGCGCGAGAUCUUCGCAGAGCAUCCAGAGGUUGAGAUUCGCAAUGACCUCAUCGACUGUUGCAUAGACAUUUGCUCUGUCGAAGUACCGUCGUUAUUCCAGGACAACUUCGACUACGCAGAUAUCCGGAGGGACUUCGUCUACGGUGUCCUCACAUCAGAUCUCCUCAUGAAGAACGUCCACUGCUACAUUGCGAAAGAGGGCUAUGCUGCGCGUGUCGCAGAUACGCGUAGCUACGAUGCCAUUAGCAAAGAUAUCUUGUCACGCUGGACAUAUCCCUUGGUACCCGACAACAACCACCCAGGAGGCCAUGCUUACGAUCACCUUCGUGGAAAUAAAUACAUGGCCAAGGACAACACCAUUAUCAUGUCGAGAACCGCGCGAGUUGGGCCAAAUACGCUCAUUGGUGCACAUACGACCAUAGCUGACGGUGCCUCGAUUUCGGGAAGCGUGAUAGGGCAGCGAUGCAAGAUCGGUCCUGGCGCUGUGCUAAAAGGCGCAUACAUCUUUGACGACACCGAGAUUGGAGCUGGUGCUCUGGUUGAGAACAGUAUCGUUGGUUCCGGCGUACGAAUUGGCGAGGGCAGCACUGUGCGGACAGGUUGCCUCAUUGCCGAUGGUGUUGUGCUAGGGAAGAACGCACGGCUCGCUCGCUUCGAUAGAGUGUCAAGAAGGCGAUACCUUGUUGACGGCGAGUCGACAGAUGGUGAGGAGGACGAGGAAGAAUGGGAGGUGGUCGAAGCACACCAAGAUUCUGUCACGUCAGUGCUCGGGGAAGGCUCAAACGCCGUUGUUUGGCCGCAGUCACAUUCAGAAGACGAGGACGAGGAGGUCGACGAGGUGGAGUCAUACAAUAACCAGCGUCUCAUGCGGAUAGGCGACACAGCGUCAGACAUUGACCUCUCUGACGCGGGCUCAGUCACGGAGGAUGAGUCGGACUCCGAGGAUGAAGACGAUGCUUCCUCGAUUAUGAACGGCCUCUCUCGCACAUCCUCGAUGACAUCUGUCUCCCUGCCGGACCCAGACGUCUCGACCAUUCACAACCUCCAAGCCUCAGCAGCCGACUCAGAGUUCCGCUCAGAAGUCAAACAGUCGCUAGACCGCGCCUUCGCAGAGGGACACAGCGUCGACAAUGCCUCCGUCGAACUGAAGACGCUCCGUAUGGCCAGUAACGUUCCUCUGAGAAGAGUGCGUGAAGCUGUCGUGGAGGCCAUCGUCGAGCGCGUCCCGAUCGUCGAGGGUGACGCCGCCAAGCAGCGGACCGAGAUCGGGAGGAUGGUCGCGAGGUGGGGACCGCUGAUUGACCGGAUCGGCGGCGUGGACCCUGUCGAGACUGUAGAAGUGCUAGCGUGUCAUUGCGCGCAGUCAAGUCGUCUACCACUGUUUGGCCAGAUUCUAGCCGCUCUCUACCAAGCUGACAUCGUCGAGGAAGACGACAUCCGAGCGUGGCACGCACAAGCCUCGUCCCAGGCCGAGGGCCAGAAACCUGGGCCCUACAUGGACGGACUCGAGAAGUGCUGGAGCGUCGGCAAGAUGAUGAUCGAGCAGUUCGACGAGCAGGAGAGCGACGACGAGAGUGGAGAGGGAGAGGACGAAGAGGAGGAGGAAGAGGAAGAGGAAGAGGAAGAGAAGGGGUCCGCCGCACAAGUCCCUGCGACGAAGGCAGAGAGCAGUGAGGAAGAGGAGAGCGAAGAGGAGAGCGAGGAGGGAAGUGAAGGAGGAAGCAACGAGGGCAGUGAGGAGAGCAGCGAGGAGAGCGAGAGCGAGGAGAGUGAGGUCACGAAGGCUGCGGUCUCCGAGAAGACGCUCGCCUCUGCGGACGUCCCCGCCACGAAGGUCGAGCAGACAGAGACCAAGACUACGGCUACAGUAUCGACGCCCGCUGGCGCUGCUGAGCCAGCGGAACCAGUCUCGACAACACAUGCAGCUGUAGUAGCGGCAGUGGAUAGCACAUCCACUGCCACUAUCAAGCAAGUCGAGGUAGCCGAUCCGGCAAGAAAGCAGGUUGCUGCUGCUGUGAUCGAGGAGACGCAACGGACUGUGGUCGUUGCAUCGGCGGAUGAAGCUGCGAAGCCGGCACCAUCAGGCCUCUCGACGACACCAUUGCCUGCGCAAGCUAUAGCGAAGGUCGCAACGGGCUCUACACAGCCUAGCAGGAAGACCAAUAACGAGGAGGACGAGGAGGACGAGAGCGAGGAGAGUGAGGAGGAAAGCGGGGAGAGCGAGGAAGCCAGCGGUAGCGGCAGCGAAGGGUCCAGUAGUGAAGAAGGGAGUGGGGAAGACAGUACAGGCCGUGACGUCGGCGGUGAGGACAGCAGCGAGGAAGAAAGUGAGUAGAUAGAACGGGAUUUACGGGUAUCAAUGUGACGACACUGUAUACUAAUCAUUCCUUUUUGUACCUAUAACAUCGCUGGACAGUCGUAGAACUGACAUCGCGUCUGCGUAGUCUGUCAUUGUAUGAUACCACCCAUAGCGCAAACACACGCGAUGGAUAGAAAGAAAGCCCAGCUAAGCCAACACCGAUAUAUCAUUCCUAUAUAACAAUUAGCUUGCGUGUCCUGCGAGCCUGAGAACGA